AUGGCACUCUGUUCUUCCAUGCGUGCCCAUCUGGCGCUACUACUUUGCUUUUGCUUGCUUUUAUCGGGAGUAAAUGGACGAUCUCGCAAGCUUUAUAUUGUCUAUCUAGGCGAUGUGAAACAUGGGCACCCGAACGAUGUAAUCGCGUCGCACCAUGAUAUGCUCACGACUGUUCUUGGAAGCAAGGAAGAGACUUUGGACUCCAUCAUCCACAACUACAAGCAUGGCUUCUCAGGCUUCGCAGCAAUGCUUACUGAAGACCAAGCUAAGCAGCUUGCAGAGCUUACAGAAGUCAUCAGUAUCGAACCAAGCAGAAGUUACACAACGAUGACCACUCGAAGCUGGGACUUUCUUGGUCUGAACCACCAAACACCCAGUGAGCUUCUCCAGAGAAGCAACUAUGGAGAGGACGUAAUCAUCGGGGUUAUUGACACCGGUAUCUGGCCGGAGUCGAGGAGCUUCAGCGACGAAGGGUACGGGCCGGUACCGUCACGGUGGAAAGGCGUGUGCCAGGUCGGAGAGGGCUGGGGCAGCAACAACUGCAGCCGCAAGAUCAUCGGAGCGCGCUUCUACAGCGCGGGCGUGGCCGAGGAAGAACUCAAGAUCGACUACCUGUCGCCUCGGGACGCCAACGGCCACGGCACGCACACGGCGUCCACCGCGGCGGGAUCCGUCGUGGACGCGGCUAGCUUCCACGGCCUUGGCGCGGGCGCGGCGCGCGGCGGCGCGCCCAGGGCCCGCAUCGCGGUGUACAAGGCCGUAUGGGGCAGCGGCCGCGGGGCUGGAGCGGCCAAUACAGCCACCUUGCUCGCGGCCAUCGACGACGCCAUCCAUGACGGGGUAGAUGUCCUGUCACUCUCCCUCGCCAGCGAGGAGAACUCUUUGGUGCCCUGCACGCCGUUCAGAAGGGAUCGCCGUCGUGGUCAAUCCCUGUACUACUAUGGGAAGAACUCAACGGGAAGCAGCUUCAAACCUCUUGCAUUUGGAGGCCUCUGCACCGCCGAUUCUUUGAACGGCACGAAUGUGAGAGGCCAAGUUGUGCUCUGCGCAUCCGCCGAUUCUUUCCCAGUGGCACUAGAAAACGUCCUGAACGCCGGAGGCUCUGGUCUCAUCUUUGCUGAAUACACCAAGCAUAUCAUCGAUGCGACAGGUGAUUGUGGAGGCAUUGCAUGUGUUCUUGUGGACUUGACCACUGCCCUUCAAAUCGGCAAAUACAUGGUGGAUGCAAGUUUAAGCAGCUCUCCUGUGGCUAUGAUCGAGCCAGCGCGCACCAUUACUGGUAAGGAGACACUGGCCCCAACCAUCGCAGCCUUUUCCUCAAGAGGUCCAUCCAUCCAGUACCCUGAAGUAAUCAAGCCUGACAUCGCAGCGCCAGGAGCUAGCAUCUUAGCAGCCAUGAAAGAUGCAUACAUAUUUGGCUCAGGGACAUCUAUGGCAACACCACACGUGUCAGGCAUUGUAGCGCUGCUGAAGGCAUUGCACCCAAAUUGGUCCCCGGCUGCACUAAAAUCAGCCAUCAUGACAACAGCAUCUGUAACUGAUGAACGUGACAUGCCAAUACUGGCACAAGGAUUGCCUAGGAAGAUUGCUGACCCAUUUGACUACGGAGCGGGGCACAUAAACCCAAAUAGGGCAGCUGAUCCUGGACUCAUUUACGACAUUGAUCCUAAUGAUUACAACAAGUUCUUCGGGUGCAGCUUCAAGAAAUCCGUACGAUGCAAUGCAACAAUGUUACCUGGGUAUCACCUGAACCUACCAUCCAUCUCCAUUCCAGAUUUGAGGCAGCCGAUUACAGUGUCAAGAACAGUCACAAAUGUAGGUGAGGCCGAUGCAGUUUACCACGCUGCAAUAGAGAGCCCAGCCGGAGUCAAGAUAGACAUUGAGCCAUCUGUUCUUGCGUUCAAUGCCACAAACAAAGUUAACACAUUUCAAGUGAAGUUAUCACCUCUCUGGAGGUUACAAGGCGAUUACACGUUUGGCAGCCUUACAUGGUACAGUGGCCAAAAGACAGUCCGGAUUCCAAUAGCAGUCCGAAUGACGAUUUAUGAUUCCUAUGCAGAUGUUGCAUAA